UUCGAAUUGCUUGGUAUGUUUUGGGAAACACAGCUAGUAAAGCUUGUGUGAGUACCCUAUAUAUGGUUAUUUAUAAACAUGUCUGGGACAACUAUUUUUUCUAAUUAGGAAUAGGAUGGCACCGAGGAGUUCGUUUUUCUCUCUUUUCUCACCGUUUUUUUUAAAUCUUAUUUUCGUUGUUGUAACUUAAGGAAAACACAUUGGUUUUCUUAAUCUGGAGACACCAGAGUUGGCAGGAUGGUCCGUGCAGCAGUGAUGACGAGUGUCAGUGUGGCUUUGACAUUAGCUGUGGUUGCUCAUGCCUACUACCUUAAACAGCAAUUUUACCCCACAGUGGUAUAUCUGACUAAGUCUAGUCCCAGCAUGGCAGUGCUGUACAUACAGGCAUUUGUCCUUGUUUUCCUUUUAGGAAAAUUCAUGAGGAAAGUUUUCUUUGGGCAACUUCGAGCCGCUGAGAUGGAGCAUUUGAUUGAGCGAUCCUGGUAUGCUGUAACUGAAACCUGCUUAGCAUUUACUGUAUUCAGGGAUGAUUUCAGCCCACGUUUUGUGGCUCUGUUCACUCUCCUACUUUUCUUGAAGUGCUUCCACUGGCUUGCAGAAGACCGUGUAGAUUUUAUGGAACGAAGUCCAAAUAUAUCCUGGUUGUUUCAUUUUCGUGUUGUUGCAUUAAUGUUACUGCUUGGGACCCUGGAUUUCUUGUUUGUGAACCAUGCUUGCCACAGCAUUAUUACAAGAGGGGCUUCUGUUCAGCUUGUCUUUGGAUUUGAGUAUGCUAUUCUGAUGACAAUGGUCCUGUCAGUGUUUAUCAAGUACGUCCUGCACUCCAUUGACCUUCAGAGUGAGAAUCCAUGGGAUAACAAAGCUGUCUACAUGUUGUAUACAGAGCUGCUGACAGGCUUUAUUAAAGUACUCUUGUACAUGGCUUUCAUGACCAUCAUGAUUAAACUUCACACGUUCCCAUUGUUUGCAAUUCGGCCCAUGUAUCUGGCCAUGAGGCAGUUUAAGAAAGCUGUGACUGAUGCCAUUAUGUCUAGGCGUGCCAUUCGCAACAUGAAUACCUUGUACCCUGAUGCCAGUCCUGAAGAUCUCCAGGCAACAGAUAAUGUUUGUAUUAUUUGUCGAGAAGAAAUGGUGACUGGCGCCAAGAAAUUACCAUGUAACCACAUCUUCCAUACCAGUUGUUUGCGAUCUUGGUUCCAGCGACAACAAACUUGUCCAACAUGUAGAAUGGAUGUCCUUCGUGUCACUCUUCCUACACCACCUCCAGCUCCACAACAACAACAGGCACAGCAGCAGCAGCCACAGACCCCUCAGGUUCCACCACAACCAAACUUGCCACAGGGUAUCAUUCCACCAUUUCCUCCUGGUAUAUUUCCUCUUUGGCCACCCAUUGGUCCCUUUCCUCCAGUGCCAGCAGCGCAGGCUCAAAAUAAUCCUCAGACUCCAUCAGGAAGCUCCUCCACUGCACCCAGCAGUGCACCGUCUACUACAGGAACUCAAACAGCUGGUAAUGGUACCAGUGCUUCACAGCCUAACAGUGCUGCCUCAGCUGCUGGAGUAGAUAGUUCAAACACUGCAACCAUCCCAGGAGUCCCCUUUCUUUCAUUCCCAGCACCCCCUUGGAUGGGUAUGCCUCCACCGCCUCCAUUUGGUCUUCCUCCAAUGCCGUUACCACCAACAAACUUUGCAGGGCUAACUGAUGAAGAACUACGAGCAAUGGAAGGGCAUGAACGUCAGCAUUUGGAAGCUAGAUUGCAAUGUCUACAGAAUAUCCAUACUUUGCUAGAUGCUGCAAUGCUUCAGAUAAACCAGUAUCUCACUGUCCUAGCAACUAUUGGACCUUACCGAUCAGGGGUCACACCAUCCAACACAGAAACUUCUGAUGCACAUUCCAGUAGUACUGCACCCUCAGAUGCAGCUGUGAAUGCACCUCAAGCUGGGUCUUCCCAACACUCAGCUGACUCAACCACACCUGAGCACACAGCUGAAAGUAUCCCUGAUUCUGAAGAACUCACAGAACCAAAUGCACAUACUAUUACCUCUGAAGACAUGGAAACCAACUCUGCAGAAGAUGAACCCAGUACAGCAGAACUGCGUCGACGUCGACUGCAGAAAUUGGAACAAACCUCAGCAGAUUCUCACUGACCCUUGCAUUACCCCCACAUGACAGAGAGUGGACUCCAUUCUGACCCUCAAAAGAAGGGGUUAGCAUGAUAAACAAGAGACAAGAGGGAAAAAGAAACUGAAUUUAUUUUUAGAAAAGAUUUUCCAAACCUACACUGAGCCAUCUGACUUGCGGGGGCUAACAAAGCGCAAAAUCAAAGUACUUGAAACUGUUAGAAAAUGUUGCUUUUUUCUGCCCCAAACACAGUUUGCUUUUACUUACUCUUGAAUAGACAGCAGUGGCACUGGGUCACUCUAAUUUGUAGUAUUCAGCUGCCAACUGUGUGUUCAUAAAUUUUCCAACAUGAGAAUAUCACUUUGCCAGGCCAAAUAACUUGAUUCUCACAGAGAGCAAGACUUUACCUGCUGAACUGUUUAUAGUCAUUAGUAGUUUUGUAUUUAAAUUAAAAAAAAAAUAAAAUAAACCAGAAUAACUAGAUGUGAACUUCUAAGAUAAUUUGCAGCAAUUGCAAUGCAUUGCGGCAUUAAAUAAUACAGAAGAAGAAAAGGGUGAUGAUUAAUUUUAUUAUCUACAUUGGCUGCAUUAAAUAUUUUCAUGUUUUGAUGAAUUUACAGGCAUGAACUGUCAGUUUUAAUUUGCUCUUUCGUAUCAGGUCUGAUCUAACGCAUUUUAAUUUGAGAAAGUGUUUUUCCUCUCUUCCUGGUUUUCCUUGCAGCACAUUUUGUAAGGAGACAACAGUGGAUUGACCUAUUAAAAAAAUCCUUGUUAAAAAGGAGUAUGUUCAGUAA